CUCUUUAACAUUAAGGCGUUCACAUCUGGAGCUGCGCUUCCAGCCGACGCUUCCUCCCGCUCCUCUGUCCCGUUACACUGGUCCAGCGGGGCAUUUCUGGAUUACUUCGGCCGCUAAUUUCCUAUUCCUCCCCUUAUUAAGUAUCCAGGUAGGCGAACGGCGCUGCUUCGCCCGUAGUUUGCACGGUCAGCGUGCAAAGACCAGUUUUUGGGAACCAUGGCUCGGAGGGGGCUGAUUCUGACGGCUUUAUGGCUGUGUUCGCUAUGGGAUGUGAUGCAAACGCAAAGGAAUCGGAAUCCGUUUCAAGAUUGCCCUGUGGAUCUGUUCUUUGUUCUGGAUACCUCUGAGAGUGUGGCCCUUCGAUCCAAACCUCCGGAUUACUACAUCAGACAGAUCCAAGACUGGACCAACAAGUUUGUGGAUGAGCUCAAGGAAAGGCACCAGCCCUGCGACCGCUCCCUGACAUGGAACGCGGGUGCGUUGCACUACAGUGACGAGGUGCAGCUGGUGCGUGAGCUGCGUGACAUGCAGAAGCAGGGCGAGAAGGAGGGCCUCAAGACGGCCGUCAACAACAUCAAGUAUAUCGGCAAGGGCACCUACACCGACUGCGCCAUCAAGAGGGGCAUCGCCGAGAUCAUGAUCGAUGGCUCCUACUACCACGAGAACAAGUACAUCGUGGUGGUGACGGACGGCCACCCCGAGACUGGCUACAAAGAGCCCUGUGGUGGCAUCCAGGACGCGGCCAACGAGGCCCGGCAGCAUGGCAUCAAGGUCUUCGCCGUGGCCAUCUCCCCAGACCAGCUGGACACCAGACUGUCCAUCAUCGCCACAGAUAGAAAUUACCGCCAGAACUUCACCGCAGCCAAUAAGGAGCGGGACGCCAGUGGACACAUGGCCACCAUCCACACCAUCAUCGACAUCAUUGUGAAUGAGACCAAGGAUGUGUGCUGCUCCUUUGACUGCAAUGCUAAAGGUGGACCAAAGGGCCCUGAGGGCGAUGGAGGACACAAGGGAGAGGCUGGCAGGCCAGGGAUGCACGGAGAGAAGGGAGAUGUUGGAGAGCCUGGUAACGCUGGUGAUUCUGGUCCUGUUGGUUACCAAGGAAUGAAGGGAGACAGAGGAAUAAGAGGAGAGAAGGGAGACAGAGGCCACAAAGGAUUCAAGGGAGACAAAGGACAGCAUGGAAUUGAUGGCAUCGAUGGACGAAAGGGUGAAGCAGGUUUUCCAGGUCUUCCAGGCUGCAAAGGAUCCCCGGGACCAGACGGUUUGCAAGGAGAGCAUGGGCCGAAAGGAGACGCUGGACCAUACGGAGCGAAAGGAGAGAAAGGAGAAGCCGGCAAAGAGGGCGGACCAGGAAGGCCUGGGAACUACGGCUCCAACGGGCCAAAGGGAGAUAAAGGACCAGGAGGAUCAGAUGGGGAGAAAGGAGAGAGAGGUGACGAUGGUCCUCCUGGAACUGAUGGAGACAAAGGCGGACCGGGAGACGUAGGAGAGAAGGGUGAACAAGGAUCCAGAGGAAACAGAGGAACAAGGGGAGAGCCCGGCGAUCCAGGACCCCGUGGGCAGCCAGGACGGGAGGGAUCUGCUGGAGCCAACGGAGAUCCAGGUGAGCCUGGUCGGGCAGGGCUUCCAGGUUACCGUGGAGAUGAAGGACAAGCUGGACCAGAGGGCCCGAGAGGACCCAGAGGCAUCAAAGGAGCUCCAGGAGACAGAGGACUUAUGGGCGAGAGGGGAGAAGAUGGUGCUCCUGGUAACGGAACUGUCGGGUGUCAUGGAUACCAGGGCGAUCGUGGCCAGGAAGGAUUGCCUGGAAUCCCAGGAGCCGCAGGCACGCCCGGGCCCAAAGGAGACGAUGGAGAGCCAGGAGACCCCGGACUGGAUAACACUGAGGGAGGACGCCCAGGACAGAGAGGAGCGAAAGGACACAGAGGUCCUGAGGGCCCAGCUGGCCCUCCCGGACCACCUGGACCUCCUGGAUCUGAUGAUUGUGAGAUCUUGGACAUCAUCAUGAGAAUGUGCUCUUGUUGUGAGUGCAAGUGUGGACCCAUCGACCUCACCUUUGUGGUGGACAGCUCGGAGAGUAUUGGCUCCACAAACUUCGAACUGGCUAAGGACUUCAUCAUAACCGUCAUCGACAGACUGAUAAAAGACCAGCGAGUGCAGUUCGAUGGUGCCGAAUCCAACCUUGGUGUGCUUCAAUACAGUGGAGACAAAGCUCAGGAGACCGUCAGGCUCAACUCUGCUCUUCCAGUGAGGCGCUCCUUGGCUGAGUUCAAACAGUCUGUGAAGGACCUGAGAUGGCUUGCUGAGGCCACCUACACCGGCCAGGCCUUGUCGGUGGCCCUGAAGACCCUCAACCUCGCCCAGGGCAAAAACGCUGUCGUCCUCGUCCUUACCGAUGGCCGCUCCGACAUCAUCCGAGACUCAACCCCUCUGAACAUCCUCUGCAACCAAGGAGUCCGGGUUGGCGGAGUGGGCAUCAAAGACUACUCUGGCCGCAUGCCCAAUGAGGAGCAGCUGACUGAUCUGGCGUGCGAGGCCAGCAGCCAGAAGCCCGGCUUCACCUUCAUGCGGGACAACUUUGCUGAGCUCUUGGAGGAUACUUUCCUGCAGAACCUCACCGCUAAGAUCUGCCAAGAUAAGAAGUGCCCCGAUUACAAAUGCCCAAUCUCCUUUGAGACGGCCACGGACAUCGGCAUCCUCAUGGACAGCUCGGCCAGCGUGGGCAGCAAAAACUACGACAUGACCAAGAAGUUUGUCAAGCGGCUGGCGGAGCGCUUCCUGACGGCGGGCGCCCCGGCUGCCGGGGGCCGCGGCGCCCCUGUGCGCGUGGCGGUGGGCGAGUACGGGCGCGAGGCGCGCAUGAGCGGCUUCACCACCAACCUGACGCAGCUGGUGACGCAGGUCGACGACGCGCCCUUCGAGAACAUGGGCACGGACGUGAUGGGCGCCCUCUCCCAGGCCAUCCAGCAGUACCGUAGCGGCGGCGGCGGCCAGCGCGCCAAGAAGCUGCUGUUGUUCUCCGACGGGCGCUCACAGGGCAUUACGGCCAGCCUGAUCGCCAAGCGCGUGCGCGAGGUGGAGGAGGCGGGCAUCACGCUGUACGUGCUGGCGGUGGGCAACCAGGUGAACGAGGGCAACCUGCGAGACAUGGUGAGCCGCGGGCGCAGCUACGACGUGGCCUACGCGCACCGCCACCUCUUCCGCGCGCCCGACUACAACUCGCUCCUCCGGGGCGUCUUCUACCAAACUGUGUCCCGCAAAAUCUCCCUCAACAUCUGAGGUGAUUCGAGAGUGAGGCGAGACGGGAGGAGAAGUGGGGUUUCACGUUCAGAGAUGAGGAAAUCAAGUCCAUUUGGUACUGGGUGGGUUGAAGACAACAACAAAAAAAGAAAUACAAAAAGAUUCGGCUUUGGGGGAGGGGCAGGGUGGGGUGGGGUAAGACGGGGUUAAAUACAGUAUUAAGUUCAGGAGAUUUUACUGGUAGGGCUUUUUUGUCUACAUCAUGUGAUUCUGAAUUCAAUAUAAGUAAGUAAAUUAGGUAGGAGUUUUUGCAUUGCAUUGUCAGUUGUAUUUUUUAAUGACAGAAGAUGAUUGUGUGAAAACAAGAGAUGAAAAACUUAAGUUCAACUUUACAAUUAUAUGUUGACCGCUAAGACAGAGAAAGUUUUUAAAAAGUGAAAGGACAGCCUGUGUCUUAAGCACUCAACUGCACUUAUGGAGAAUUAUGAUAAUUAUGACCUUUUCUUAAAUGGAUAUUUCAGGGAUAUCCAGUAUGUGCCUUGUUUAAGGGAAGCAAGGGCGUUUUCAAAUAGUGAUCACGUACAGUACAGUACAGAUCACUUAUCACGUACAGUAAUGAACAAGAAAGCACUUCAUGUGUUCAACCCAUUAAGCCAUUUGCUGGUCAAGAGCCCCCAGAUAUCGUUUUUGUUUUUGUCCUUUAUGUUCUGUUUACAAUAAAAAAAAAAUCAAUACUGAUGCCUUUUUUAAAAACAAGUGGCUAGUGUUAUAAAAUCAAGUACUGUUCAUAGAGAUUGUGUGCUCCACUGAUGGUACACAUCUUCCCACCAACGUCACCCACAUCUACGUACAUAACAGAUUACACUCCACACACCACCAUAAUCUACAACAGAUUACACUCCACACACGGCUAAUGUACCUUAACCUUAAAAUCCUAUUUUUUUCCAAAGAUCUUUAUUUGCCAAAGAUAUGUGCAGAUAUUAGCCGUAUGCAGAUACUUCUGCAUUCCAUGACAUAUCACUUGAACACGGUGCUAUUUUUCAAUGUCUCAGGAGGACAUAGAGCUUAAUUGUUCUUUUUUUUGUAAACAGUGACAAGAUGAUGUGGAAAUCUUUAUGGUAACUUCUUUCCCAAAGGCCUCUUUUUGUACCACUAGGUUUGUGUAAAAGCUUUAUACACGUCUGACAUGUAUUUUGAAAUACAGCAAUAGUGUUGCUGUGGAGGUAUUUUCAAUAAAGAAUGCUUCACCCCAA